AACAAUCUCGGUGCAGCGAACUUUAAUUUAUUUAUUUUCAUUUUGUUUUUAAUUUUACGUUGACCAUAUACUACUGCCUGCAGUGCGUGUGUUUGUGUCCCAAGAACUUUAACCAGAAAAUGCAACAUCGGCAUCAACUCCUGUGCCUGGCCCUUGUGGCAGUGGCCUUUGCGUCCCUGCCCCAACUGGUUGCAGGUAAAAAGAUCGAGAAGCGUUGUCUCAACUGCUCGUACCGCACGUAUUAUACGUACGGUGAUGGGCGUUCCCUGCAGCGGGUUGUCUAUAGGGAUCCGGUCUACACACGUGCCCAGUCUUAUGGAUGCAGCGGUAGUCCGUGUGGAGUGAAUGCCGUCUGCCAAGAGGCUGCCGGCGGACGACCGGUCUGCUCCUGCCCGCCCGGCUUUAGUGGCAAUCCGCUGACGCACUGCAACCGCGGUGAGUGCCUGGACAAUGUCGACUGUCGUGGUGACCUCCAGUGCAAGGACAAUCGUUGUGUUAAUCCCUGCGUUGGCGCCUGCGGCAUUGGCUCCAACUGUGACGCCCGCAACCACGUGGCUGUGUGCAGUUGCCCCGCGGGCUACAAUGGUGACCCGUAUCAUGCCUGCCAUCUCAACGAUCCAGAGGAGCAGUGCCAUCCUAGUCCCUGUGGCGUCAACACCAAGUGCGAGAUCAUCAACGGUGUGCCCACCUGCUCCUGCGUUCAUGGCUACCUGGGCAAUCCGCUCAGCGGUUGCCGACAUGAGUGCGAGUACGAUGGCGAUUGCAGCAGCCGGGAUAUGUGCAGUAACUUUAAGUGUGUGCCCGCGUGCGGGCAGUGUGGUACUGGUGCCACUUGCCGCAAUGUGGCUAACCAUCGGGCUGUUUGUGAGUGCCCCAAGGGAUAUAUUGGCAGCCCGUACACCGAGUGUCGGCCAGAAUGUUAUGGCGACUCAGAUUGCCCGGCAGGACGUCCCGCCUGCUUCUAUGGCAUUUGCAAGAAUACCUGUGAAGGUGCCUGCGGUGUUGGUGCCGACUGUAAUCUGCGUGGUUUGACGCCCGUUUGCAGCUGUCCCCGUGACAUGACCGGUGAUCCCUUCGUUCGCUGCCGACCCUUUACCAAGGAGGACCUAUGCGAUCCCAAUCCAUGCGGCACCAAUGCCAUCUGUGUGCCUGGCCACGAUAACACUGGACGGGAGCGACCCGUAUGCAACUGCCUGCCCGGACAUACCGGCAACCCAUUGAGUCACUGCAGUCGGGGUGAGUGCCUGAGCAACAACGAAUGUCCCGACCAUCGGGCCUGCAUCAACUACCAGUGCAUCGAUCCCUGCAUCGGCAAGUGUGCCACGGGUGCCAGCUGUGAGCCCAAGGCUCAUCUGGCUGUCUGCCGCUGUCCAGCCGGGCAAUCGGGCGACGCCCUUGUCUCCUGCCGCCAGACGCGCACCUUCCCGGUGGCCAAGUACCACUGAGCUGGAGCAGAGUGGAGGAGCCGCUGCUGCCGCACUGCCUGCCAGUCCCAGUCAUUUCCCUUCAAUGUUUGACUCUUCCCCUCUUUUUAUGUUUCUCUCUUUCUCUUACUAGUCGUUGAUUAACCUCGAUAUUCUGCUCAAAAAAACUUUGAAAAAAAUAUAUAUAAUACUAUUUUAAAUAAUAUAA